UUCGAAAUUCAUCCUCGACUACGACUUCCUCGUGGCAGUGGGCGUGAUCCUUUAGCUGCUGGUUGUGAUGCGCUCCGUAUGUCGCUGGAAAGGUUUUCUAUACGUAAUAGGCCCAACACAUAUGUUGUAAGAGAAUCUAAUGGCAGCGUUUCGUAUAUGCAACUUCAUACAUCAAUUGAAACGUUUAAUGCAUCCCUGAAGCGCCAUCGAAUAAACGUGAAAAAGAGGAAGGAAACGAAGGAGGUUGAACGCUUCAAAACACAUGUCCUGUUGGCAGUUUACGGUGUCGAUCAUCCAGGACGAGAGAUAUGUGAAGUGCUAAGUGAUUGCCUACAAAAGCGCCUCGAUCAAGUAAUACUUAGCCAACUAAUCGACACACUAGCCAAGAACACACAAACAAGGUUGGACAGUGCAGAUGUGCAGUUCUUACAACGCGAUCCGGUAUCACCAGCUGGUGUAUUCAAUUAUUCGAUACCGAAUGCGAUGUCACAGUUCCUACAACCACUCAGCUACUACACUCAUCAACAUAUGCAAGCAGUGAUGCCAUCGGCGAGAUACAAGGAAGAUUAUGGCUCAGGAGGAACGUGUGUAGGGGAGCGAUCGGUUUUUCAACCGUUGCCUUUUUCUGGGAAGCACCCAGAUUCGUACGUUCCAAUUUUCUAUCUUCUUGUCAAAUCGCCACAAGAAGGAACUCGAUCUACUGGUAUUGCUGCGAUCGAGUUGCGGUUUGUAACUGGUAGAGGUGAGAUGGCCUCGUUGACAACAGGUCGCCUGAAUAUUUCAACUCAUCUGAGCUUGGCACCGACAUUCUGUAAUGUUGAGGAGCGAGAAAUGUCGUACAGAGAAAUGACGCGUACAAUUAGGUGUGAACAGCUGAAGGAAAUGCCUGGAGUCUGCGCCUUUGCUCAAGUGGCAGUUUGGCAAGCGGGAGACGUUGACCUCACUCUUUUAGAAGACCAACUUCGGCAUGUUGUACAGCUUGGUAUGUGUGACGUUGUUACCGAGUUUGGCAUUCUGAAUCUGAAUGUGAUCGAGGUUGGUGCUCAACUCCCAGUGAGCCCAGGAGUGCACAUUAGUCCGCAUUCAAAGUCCGUAUCAUCGGCUAAAACUCCCACCAGCACUUCCGAGCGUCGCCAGCAGCUUCGAAAACGAGACUCAUCGGAUGCGCUCCCUGUGGCAUCAACGCCUGGCCUUCCGACUGAUUCAUCAGUGAGAAGUAAAGGAACAUCGGUGUUCUCGUUUGAAACCCGACGUGGUUCGUUCACAUCGGAAUUGGAUAGGAUGUCUGUGGAUUAUGUUUUACCUGCCAGCAACCGCUCACCAGAUUUUGUAAAUCCUACGUUUGUCUCAACGGCAGGACCAUGGUUCGACUAUGUUGUAGAUGAAUACUCAGGGAACCCUCCAUCUUAUAUCACUGAGAAGGGAGAACGAUACACUUCCGUAUUGCGCCACUCCUGGAUGUUUGAUUGUAAACAGACCGUCAACAAGGCACUUCGUGAGAUCGUCGAUCGUGUUCUUGAACAAGUGCGAAACGUCGAUGCGAUAUAUCCCGAUCGGGUGCAGGUAUUCGAACCAAGCCCACGUCUGGGUGAGCCGGCGCCGCUAAGCUCGACAUCUUCGACAAGUAGUACGACGGCGACGAAAUCAAAUCGUGAACGACGCUAUGAGGCUGCUCCGCUCUCUGUUCAGUACUGCAUGAGUGCUGAUAUUGGACGGGAUCCAUAUGACUGUGACAUGCCCGACGCUCUGGUCAUCUGCCAGGAAAUGCAAGUUGCUAUCGAAACGCAGCGGUUUGGAUUUGAGCCAGUAGGAGCGUGCCCUGAAACGUUGUUGCGUCUGAAUAAUAGCGUGUCCAAGGAGCUGUUUCUGCCGUGUACUGAGGAAGGCCACUUUGUUCCUCGUCGUCGUAUAAUGUACGGCACAGUAUAUGGAGAGAAGCUCACCCUGUACUUUUAUAAUUUUAUGCCGUCGUUAUCAGCAUCCCUCAUGAAUAUGGUGGCAAGAGCGACAUCUUGGUACAAUUCUCGAGCCCGUCUAGUACGAGAAAUCGGCCUGCAUAAAAUGGGCAUAACGUAUUUAUCUCCUCUUGAGUACUUUCAAUCGCCUACGGACAACCCAUAUCUGGUAUUGGUUUGGCGACACCCCGAUGAGCUAUUGGACAAAGACUAUCCUCCUGAUGACCUUCAGAUAACAGCCAUUGACGCGCUGCCCAAAGGAUAUUCAGCCAGUCUUUUCCGGUUAUAUCGUAGACCUGGUGGGAACAACCUCUUUGAACAUAUUCCUCACUUGCUGCUGAAUAGAUCACCUUGUCUUAUUCAAGAUCAGCUGGAGCAGAUGCGUCAGAUAAGGAAAAACACUAGAGAACAGCUCAAUAUGGUACGUGCUUUCUCGACCGUCCACGAUUUGUUGCUAUCGGGAAGAAACAAGCUUGCGGAAUCGGAUCUGGAAAAAUUGAGGUCGGUCAGCAAACUGGUGCAUUUUGUGGAAACACCGGUAUUGUUCUUCCAAAAAUGGCGAAGAAAUAUUGCUGAAGUUCGACAGGUGCGAGCAACGGUAGAGCUGGAUCCUCGGAAAACCAAAAUCCCAACAGGUCCGUCAUCCUUAGCACCGGGCACUCGUCAACGUGCGAAUACCCUCAGUGUACCCCCAUCAGCCCCGGCACCGUUCCGAAUCAGAUCCGACAUCGAUAAUGAUGAUCCUUGUCAGGCUAAAAUUCUCUACCUUCUUAUGGGAGAUUAUGUUGCCUAUUUGUCUUCCUUGGGAUUGCAGUUGUUAAAGGUGACCAAUCUGGAACGGAGAAGUGAGGAACGUCGUAUGUAUACGAUCAACUAUCCACAAGGUUGCAAACAUGCGCCGUAUGUUGUGAUGUAUAAGGCUGCAAAAGGAGGUGUGAUGCUGGUAACUUUGUCGUUUACGCGACCGUACUUCGCGUUCAAACUCUUCAUAUGGCACCCAACGAGCUUGCGCGAAGCGAUCAAUAAAGGCGACACAUGUGCGGAUUCGUUGCGACUGAUCCGUGAGCUGCAACAGUUCAAAGAUAUUGUCAUAUCGCAAUGCCAUCUACAUUCAUUUACUUACGAUUUCCAUUUACGAAUGCUGAGCAGAUAUCUUGUGGGCAAAGAUAAAAUGCUCUUUUCACCUGGUUACAAUACACACGCAUUUCUGGUGGACUUUCUGGAAUACUAUGGUUGCAGGCCACCGAACGCAAGGAAUUGUGUUUACGAAGAACGCUGCACAUAUGCUCUACAACAUGGUGUUCGAGGCGGUGAUGUAUGGGAUCAUUUCCUAAGCUGCGAGAAGGCUUAUGGCUGGACCGUUUUGAAACUAAAGGUUCUUUACUUUCAAAUAGGAAAUUCUUAUUGA